AUGGCCGCCAACGACAAGAAGCUUACCCAUAUCACCAUUGAAAGACGAAGCUCCAAAGACUCUCUCGACGUCAGGACACCACGUGCAGCCCGCUUCGCAGAGGCAACAUCAGUUCACUCGCCUAUUGACCCUCCUCGGUCACCAGUCGAGUAUCCAACGAACCACUACAAGCCACAACCCCAGAUCGCCGACACAGGCUUUGGCUACAUGCAAUCAGUCGAGAUGGAGGAAACCGACCGAAGGUACCUUCCUCCCCCAACGCCAAAGACGCCUCUCAAGAGCGCCUUGAAGUCGCCUGGCGCUCCCCCACGGACACCAGCCGGCGCAAUGUCCAUCAUGAGCCCUACCUUUAGGGAAGAGCAGCAGCUUGAGAAGCGCGAGGCCAUGACUGAAAAGGAGCAAGCAAAGGAUCUGAAAAUCAAAGUACGCGUGCGAUUAGCAAAGAUCUUCCUCCGAGGUGUCAACUUUGCCUGCUCUCUCAUCGUUCUCUCCAUGGUUGCAACCGCAUUUGCCAUCUUCAACGCUACCAAAACCCUGGCUCCUCGCAACGGUCUACCUCCAUGGGCUAACAACACCAAAACCUGGCCUCAGAUUCUCCUGCUUACCAUUGCUUGCAUUUCCCUGGUCAUGUCCAUCUUUGUCAUCAUCGCCUAUUGGAGAGGAGGUCACCAUCGGGCCGAAAAGGUCGCUGCCUACUACACUGUCUUCGCCGUUGCAUUCUUCAUCUUCAGCAUCAUCAUGUGGGGCGUUGGUGCAGCCGUCUUCAAUCAAAGUAAAGCGCAGAACAACAACAAAGACAUGUGGGGUUGGUCGUGCGUUGACAACAAGCGACGACAUCUCUUUGAGGAUGACAUUGCCUAUGCCCUUGUCUGCCGUCUUCAGAACUGGGCUCUUGUCUGCUGCAUCAUCGAAGUCGUCAUCGAGGUCCUCGUCAUUGCCAUUUACGGAAUUGUCUUCUACCGCUUCUGGUCCAAGCGCAAGCUCCGCAAGUCCAUGGCCAUGCGCGACCGCGCUCGUUCGGAUCUCUACCUUGCUCAGCUGCGCUCCCAGUCCGCUCCCAACACCCCUGGUUUCGGCCCAAUGUCUCCUCGCUCCGGCGGCUGGCGCCCACCACCAGGCCACCCAAUGUACGUGGACCCACACUCUGCGGCUGAGAAUGGCGAAAGCGAUAAGGUUCAAUACGCAUAUGCACGUGAAAUCGCUCAGCCCCAGCCCUUCACCCUCCAGGCACCACCUAUCAAGGUCACUGGUGCGACUCCCAAGGUUGAGCAGGAAGGCUUCGAGGCGCCUGUUCGCACAAACACCGUUUCGCCACCACUUCCAUCUCCAGCAUUCCAAGAAAGGAGAAACGAUCACGUUGCUGCUGCACCAGGCGAACAGCAGUACGCCGCUGUGCCCAUUCCUGGUGCAUACACCCCGCUAGCAUCACCUUCAUACCCACCACCACAGCAACAGCAGCCACAAGCACCUGCUGGCUUUGACUUUGGCCCGACCGUCACCGGCCAACGAUAA